AUGGCGACAUGCAGUGCCACAAAGGCGGGGUCACCUCCAGGGCUCGAUAUAUUCAAAACUCCGGAAAAUGCCAUGUUCUAUUCAGCGAACCUGUACCAGAGUCUCGACAAAAGCAAGCAGGAAAUUCGACUUAUCGAAAUAUCUACACAAACUGACGAUGAUGGUAUACUUGAGAGCAAGUUACUCCCUGCGACGUUGUUAGCCGACGCUCGAAAACAGUAUUUAGCUUUAUCCUAUUGCGCAGGAGACCCGACAGACACAAAGGAAAUCCUGGUAAACGGAGUCAGGUGUAAUAUCUUUGCGAACUUGCAUCAUGCACUGGUACUCGCUCGUCAGUAUUGGAUUCGAUCGUCUGGGGAAGGACCACUUCGAAUUUGGAUCGAUCAGUUAUGCAUCAAUCAGCACGAUUUAAGUGAGAGGUCGCACCAAGUCGGCUUCAUGAGAGACAUCUACCAGUCCGCGGAACGAACUCUGGCUUGCUUAUCGACACCAACAACUAGUGGCGAGGGACUGAAAUGGUUCACCGACUUGUGUGACGCUGUCACUUUUCAACAAGACGAUGGGUCAUUGCAAGGCAACAGAGAAGGCGGAUUAGGUACUCAAGAGGGGGCUGAAUCCCAAAAGGUAAUCCGUGACAGUGACAGACUGUCCGACACCUCCAAAUUUAAGCGUUAUGGGGGUUUUACAGACCAACAGCUCCGCGUACUAAGCUAUCUCUUGGACCGCACCCGCAUGGACAAGUUUGUGAACGGGUGGAUUGCAUUCUGCGACCUGCUUAGUAGUCCCUGGUGGAAUCGAGCCUGGAUCUGCCAGGAAUUCAUAGUAUCUGGACAGGUCAGCUUCAUGUUCGGACACUAUUCCGCCUCAUGGGAGCGGUGCUGGGAGGUCCUGCAAGACUUUUGCGAGAUACACGGACGCCUUUUGAUGAACCGGAAUCUUUUUCUCCUCACCACCGGGCUUCCGAUAGAUGGUCCCGAGGCUCGCCAACUUCGUCACAUCCACGACAUCGUUCAGGACAGAGACCUCCAUCGCCAAGUCGACCAUGUGCGCAACGCAUUGGGGAUGAAGAUCCGCUGGAGCGGCAGCAUGGACAUCAAGACUCUAUUAUCACACUCUCGAUCUUGCAAGUCCUCCGAUGAUCGUGAUCGAGUAUAUGCUAUGCUCGGCUUGGCUUCGCCAGGAUACAGCAUCUUUCCUGACUAUUCAAAGGACUUGAGUGCAAGCGAGGUCAUGAUAAUGACUACCAGAGCGAUAAUCGAAAAGGAAGACAGUCUAGGUAUCCUAGCACAAGCUACCAGAUUGGUUCAACGUAAGAAUCUCGACGUCCCUUCCUGGGUGGCCGAUUGGAGCAGUACCGAAGCCGCGGACAUGGAUUUUGGUGAGAGCCAGGCUCACAGCUGGAGCCUCAUGCCCCAAGAAUCUCCACGAUGUGCUUUCGAAACCAUCACAGACCCAAACGACCAGACGCAAGCGCACGUCCUAAGGGUUUAUGGCACAUUCAUUGCAAGAAUCAAGGUGGGCAUGAAAACAUGGCCAGAUGCGGAUUUUGACAGCGCCGAAGGAUGGUUUGGCAACGCUCUUAUCUCCAUUGCGGAUGGAGAUGAAAUAUGGAUCUUACAGGGGCUAAGGGUACCCAUUAUCCUGCGGCCAUACCGUGAUGGGUACCGGGCUGUUAGCUGUGCCUUUAUCGCGAAGAGGCGGCCUCAAGAUGUUUCUGGGACACCGCUGUGUAUCCCUGAAGAGGCAAGUUCGGAUAGGAGACGCAUAAUAUUGUACUAG